GGCGCUGCGCUCGUGCAGGAGGCAGGAUCCAUGGCAACAAUCAUGGCAGAAGCAGAGACCCGCCAGAAGCUGCUGCGCACCGUCAAAAAGGAGGUGAAGCAGAUUAUGGAGGAAUCUGUCACCAGGAAAUUUGUUCACGAAGACAGCAGCCAUAUUGUGUCCUUUUGUGCUGCGGUGGAGGCAUGUGUCCUGCAUGGGCUCAAGCGGCGAGCGGCUGGCUUUCUGCGCAGCAACAAGAUAGCAGCGCUCUUCAUGAAGGUGGGCAAAAGCUUCCCCCCGGCGGAGGAGUUUUGCAGGAAGGCCCAGGAGCUGGAGCAGGUCAUGGAGACAAAACGAAGUCAAAGCCUGCAGAGUCAAGAGAGCCUUCGCAGGAUGCCCCGGCUGCCGAGCCUCAACCCUCCUGGGGUCAAGAACUUGUGGAUCAGGACGGCUCUGUUUGAGAAAGUGCUGGACAAGAUUGUCCUUUACCUGGUGGAGAACAGCAGUAAAUACUAUGAGAAAGAGGCAAUUCUGAUGGACCCUGUGGAUGGACCGAUUCUGGCUUCACUGUUAGUUGGACCCUGUGCUUUGGAGUACACAAAGAUGAAGACAGCCGAUCACUUCUGGACCGACCCGUCUGCUGACGAGUUGGUUCAGAGACAUCGCAUCCACAGUGGCAUCUGCAGGCAGGAUUCUCCCACCAAGAGACCCGCGUUGUGUAUCCAGAAGCGACACUCCAGCAGCAGCAUGGAUGAGCGCCCGUCGCCUUCCCCGUCAGCUCGAGAAUAUGUGGAGUCGCUUCAUCAGAACAGCAGGGCCACGCUGCUUUUUGGCAAGAACAAUGUGCUGGUGCAACCGAGGGAUGACAUGGAGGCUAUCCCAGGUUACCUCUCUCUGCACCAAACUGCUGACAUAAUGACACUGAAGUGGACGCCCAAUCAGCUCAUGAACGGGUCCGUUGCAGACUUGGAUUAUGAACACAGUGUAUACUGGGACUAUGCCAUGACAAUCAAUUUAGAGGAAAUAGUGUACUUGCACUGCCAUCAGCAAGUGGACAGUGGGGGGACGGCGGUGUUAGUCAGUCAGGAUGGGAUCCAAAGACCUCCACUUCGCUUCCCCAGAGGAGGACAUUUGCUCCAGUUUCUGUCUUGCCUGGAGAACGGUCUGCUCCCUCACGGACAGCUGGACCCUCCUCUCUGGUCCCAGAGGGGAAAGGGGAAGGUGUUUCCCAAGCUGAAGAAGAGAGUUCCUCUGGGAUCUGGGUCCACAGAGUCCGUUUCUGACAAGGAGGAGGACGAGGCCACUGACUACGUCUUCCGCAUCAUCUUUCCAAACAGCCAGUCGGAUUUUGUGCCUCCUCCAGAUCUGAUGGAUCACGGAGCCGCCCUGUGGCAGCCUAGUCUCAGGAAGUCUUCAUGUUCCUCCUGCUCCAAGGGGAACUUCUCAGACGGCGCCGCGCACAAAGGGUGCAACUAUGAGAGGACUCCUCUGAAGCUGCUGUGUGACAACAUGAAAUAUCAGAUCAUCUCCAGGGCGUUUUAUGGAUGGCUGGCGUACUGCCGCCACCUGUCCACCGUGCGCACGCAUCUCUCCGCCCUCGUCAACCACACCAUUGUGGCGCCCUGCGACGCCGCCGGGGGGCUCACUGCAGACGUUUGGCAGACAUUUCUUAAGGACUGCACCGCCUACAAAGAGCAGGAGCUGCUCCGCUUGGUCUACUUCGGCGGCGUGGACCCCUCCUUGCGUAAAGAGGUGUGGCCUUUCCUGCUGGGUCAUUACCAGUUCGGGACGUCAGAGGAGGACAGGAGGGAGGUGGAUGAACAAAUGCAGGCUUCCUACGAGCAGACCAUCAGCGAAUGGUUGGCAUGUGAGGAGGUUGUCCGCGAGCGAGAGAAGGAGCAGCACGCGGCCGCUUUGGCAAAGUGCUCCUCUGUGGCGAGCGUGGACAGCGGCAGUCAGAGGAUGACCCAUCAUGACUCCACUGUGAGCAACGAGUCUCAUUCAUCUCACAACUCAGACAGGGAGAGUCUGGCUCGCCUCCAGAGUGACUCCAGCAGCAGCACACAGUUCUUCACAUCCUCCCAUCCCUUCCCCUGGAGUAGUUUGCUUCCCUUUGGCUUGUUCUUUCAGGUGUUUGAGUCCGUAGAGGAGCUGGACCAGCCCGAGUCGGAGUCCAAGACUGAAGAGGCCAAACAGUUGCCGAAGAUGCCCAACGGAGCUGUGCAAAACGAGUCAAGCUCUCCCGACUCUGGGCAUCCUUCUUCACGAAACUUCUCCGUCACCUCUGGCCUUUCAGACGGCUCCUUCAGCACAGAGGACAGCUCCGCACCUGAUGCGUCCCAGAGAUCCACAGCUGCGCCUCCGGUGUCGCUGAGCUCUGCCAAAGCUGCAGUGGAAGAGGCUGAAGUGUUGACAAUCGAACGUCAGGUGGCGAGUGAAGAGAAGGACAAAGGAGCCAAACUGAAUCCUGGAACACAGGCCAGCACAAAGUCUGGAAAUGGGAAAAAGGAAAGAGAAAGUUUUGAAGAUAGAGACCCAAAAAUGAACUUUAAAGAGAGUCCACAGAAACAUGUUCCACUGAAGACUGGGGAAGCUUCCAAACACAAAGAAAAAAACGUGACACCAAUUAAAGACACGGAAAAAUUAAACACAACCGUCACGUUUUCUCAAGAUGAAGAAAACUCAAAAAGCCUUACGGAAUGUGAACAGGAACAGAUUCUGGGCGCCUCAAGAUCAGGAGGAGUUCACAGCUCGUCUCAGAAAGACGAGACCCAGGCUUUGUCUGAGUCUGAUGAGUCUCCUUCAGCCAUAGAGAUGGAGGAGAUCCCCAAGGCCAAGGUUUCCAUGGCACCCUGGAGCAGGAGAGGACACUGUGAGACUUCAUCCUUCUCUGAAUAUUCAGCAACUCCUGCGGAUCUGAGGCAGGAGGUAGAAAAGCUCAGUCCCGAAGGAACAGAGUCCAUCCUGUCGGAGCCGGAGAUGGAGAGCCUUUACCCUCCCUUCGACUCUCUUCCAGCCGACGAAAACACAAAGGAUGAAGUGACCUCACAGGGAGCAAUUGGGAGCCCUUACUCUCAAGAGCUUUUGGAUUUAUACACACUAAAUCUGCACCGCAUUGAGAAAGACGUCCAACGGUGUGACAGGAAUUACUGGUAUUUCACUCCAACCAACCUGGAGAAGCUGCGCAACGUCAUGUGCAGCUACAUCUGGAGGCACCUGGACAUCGGAUACGUACAGGGAAUGUGUGACCUGCUGGCUCCUCUUUUAGUCAUUCUCGACGACGAGGCCAAAGCGUUCAGCUGUUUCAGUAAACUCAUGAAGAGAAUGAAUCAGAACUUUCCACAUGGUGGAGCCAUGGAUACUCACUUUGCGAACAUGCGCUCUCUAAUCCAGAUCCUGGAUUCUGAGCUGUUUGAGCUCAUGCACCAGAACGGAGACUACACCCACUUCUACUUCUGCUACCGCUGGUUUCUGCUCGACUUCAAACGAGAGCUGGUUUAUGAUGACGUGUUUGCUGUCUGGGAAACCAUUUGGGCCGCCAAGUAUGCCUCAUCAAGUCACUUUGUGCUCUUCAUUGCCCUUGCUCUGGUGGAGGUAUACAGGGACAUCAUCCUGGAGAACAACAUGGACUUCACAGACAUCAUCAAGUUCUUCAACGAGAUGGCUGAGCACCACAACAUCAAGCAGAUUCUGACCCUGGCCAGAGAUCUGGUGUGCAAAGUGCAGAUGCUGAUAGAAAACAAGUGAUUGUUGCUUUUCGUCCUCCUUUCCUUCCAUGUAAAAGAAGAGUCGGCUGUAGUAGCACAACAGUAUAACACAUAUGAAUUCAUGUACUGCAAUCUACACAAGGCCUUUUACAUUCACAGGUUGCUGCUAUGAGCCUUACGGACUGUAUCGAUCCGAGUGCACUUAACAUUUUAGGAUAAAGACGUUCUAGUUGCACAUUUCAUGCCAAAACGCAAAAUUCAAACAGAGACUAUAUUUAUGAGAAUAAUAGAUUGUGAUACUGCUCUAUGAAUUAUUUUAAUAGCCAACUAUU